AUGGCUGAUUCCUCAGGAGAAGAGGCCGACUCACGAACGGCUUCGGUUGGUGGGCAACGCUCUCAGCCCAAUGGAUUCCACGACAGCAGUUCUCGUCCCACGAAGCGACAGCGGAGAAACAAACCCCAGACAGACGAUACAAGCGAUUUUGUUCCUCGAGGAGCUUCGUUUAGCGCCAAUGCCUUGCAAAUUGAUCCUGAUAGCACUUCCAGUUCUGGAUCUAGCUCGGACUCUGAUACACAAGAACCCGUGAACCCGCAUGCAGGAAGUACCGCGCCAGCAGUCAACUGGAAUCAGGGUAGGAAAAAUGCGGUGCGCACCACGCUCCGCCGGCAGCCUGCCCCGCCAAAUGAUGGUACCUCAACAGCACAAUUUAAUGCUGUGAAUGACAAAUUCUGGCGCAGUCGCAGUGCGUCUGUAUCGUCCGGGAGCAAUGGGGUGACAAACGGCCGGGCUAAUAUUGAGGAAGGGUUAGAAAAUAAGGUCGACGAGGGGAGCGACUCGGAGGUAUUGUCGCUUGACUCAGCGGCUGAUGAUUCUAUCAUGCUCAACAUCGGCAAUAAGAUUGGCCAAGAAAGCGCGGAUAGUCACUUGCCAGAAUCUCUACCUGUCCACCACCCUCAAGCCAAUGGCAACAUGACCAAGCCACUUCCAGAGACUGGGUCAGCUCAGCUCGAGCCAUCCUCCAAGGAGGAGGCAUUUCAGCUCUUUUCUCGCAAAUAUCCGAUUGCACCCAGCACUUUGGUGGACUUGGACCAGGAGGACCUAGAACUCCAGGGGAUCUUCGUUUUCUUCGACCGUAACAUCAACGACGUCGACCUGAGCCUCCCAGUAACCUGCCUCGAGUGCCGGGGUAAGGGCCAUCUGGAUGCCGUGUGUUCCACCAAAGAGUGUGAACAUUGCGGGGCGUGGAGUCAGCACAUGAGUAGGAACUGUCCAACAUGGCGCAGAUGCCAAAGAUGUCGGGAUCGUGGCCAUCAUGAGUGGAAAUGCGCGUCGCCCUUGAAAAGCUCAGCACAGGAAGUCCCCUGCGACCACUGUGGAUCCUCUGAUCACCUCGAGUUGCAAUGUGAAUACAGGUGGAAGCUUCCUCUGCCAGAUCUCUCUGGCAAGAAGAUCGUCGUUUCAAUUUCCUGCGCCAACUGCACCAGUCCCAGCCAUCUGAUCGGAGACUGCCCGAAUCUUUCCCGUCCUUACAACACCUCUUUCUUUACCCUCAAGGGCAUUGACCCCGCGAAUAUUGUUAAUCUGAACACCCUGAGCAACUCCGACGAACUGCCUCCCCCAGAUAGGCCCCCACGCGGCCCCGGGAAUAGGGGCCCGCGCGGCGGUGGAGGCCGAGGUCGUGGCGGUUCCCGGAUUCCAUCACCAGACGACACACUGUCCAAUCUUGCCGAAGGAGCGCCUGGCGUUACAGCUCGUGGUGGUAAAGGUCGCGGCAACAUUCGCUUCGGGGGUGGAGGCGGUUCCAACCCCAAACAGGGCGGACGGGGUCAGUUUCAGUCUCGACCGCCGCAUAACAACCGCGGUCGUCCGCAAUACCCAGGAAACAACACCCGGCAGCGUUCACUGUCUCCGCCACGCCCACCCCAAGGCCCUCCAUUCCGAGGUGGCAAGGGUGGGCGUGGGCGUGGCGGUUCUCGUGGUGGUCCUCGCGGCAAGGGUCGACGAGGACAAUAG